GCCUUUCCCGCACAUGCGCCCUGACAGCCCAACAAUGGCGGCGCCCGCGGAGUCGCUGAGGAGGCGGAAAACCGGGUACUCGGACCCGGAGCCUGAGUCGCCGCCCGCGCCGGGGCGUGACCCCGCAGGCUCUCCGGCCCAUCUCCACACGGGCACCUUCUGGCUGACCCGGAUCGUGCUCCUGAAGGCCUUAGCCUUCGUGUACUUCGUGGCAUUCCUGGUGGCUUUCCAUCAGAACAAGCAGCUGAUCGGUGACAGGGGGCUGCUUCCCUGCAGAGUGUUCCUGAAGAACUUCCAGCAGUACUUCCAGGACAGGACGAGCUGGGAAGUCUUCAGCUACAUGCCCACCAUCCUCUGGCUGAUGGACUGGUCAGACAUGAACUCCAACCUGGACUUGCUGGCUCUUCUUGGACUGGGCAUCUCGUCUUUCGUCCUGAUCACGGGCUGCGCCAACAUGCUUCUCAUGGCUGCCCUGUGGGGCCUCUACAUGUCCCUGGUCAAUGUGGGCCAAGUCUGGUGAGUAGGAGGAAUGGAGCGGUCGGAGCUCAGGGCUUGCUGUCACUCAGCA